CUCUCACAGGAUUAACACCUCAGCGCAGGCUGACGGACAUGGCAGAGACACAUGGACUAAUGAUUAUGCUGCUUAUAUUCUUGGAGAAUUCUUCAUUGACAAACUCAAAAGAUGCCAACGUCACCUGUAUCAUCCCUGACGACUGCAUCCUGCCCUGCAGCUUCAGACCCACCGGGACUGUGGUCAUCCACUGGUACAAGCAGCAAAUCCCUGUUCACAGCUAUUACUACAACAAGGACCAGUAUGGACUUCAGAACAAACACUUCAGUGGAAGGACGUGCCUGUUUAAUUCCCAAAUCCCGCAUGGAAAUGCCUCCCUGCUCCUCCGGAGGCUCAAAGUUCAAGACAAGGGCAGGUACAAGUGCUACACGAGCACACGGAAAGGCAACCAGGAGAUCUUUGUCAACCUGGAGGUGAAGGCUCUCAUCCAUUCAGUUGUCAUGGAGAUGACUGACGAGGCGGUCACCUGCUCCUCUCACAACAUCUACCCCGUUCCUCAGGUGACCUGGGCCACAGACCCCCCCUCUGCCCGGGAAGCUCUGGAAAAUUCUACCAUUAAAACCUCAGACCACAAGGGUCUUUUUACUGUGGUGAGCACGCUGAGGAUUGUGGGUAAUCUCUCCAACAUGACCUACUUCUGCUCUUUCAUAUCCGCUGACAAGACCCAGGUGUGGACUGCCUCUCGGAAAAAUGCAGAUGAUAUAACACAUGAAGAGGGUCAUGCACUGUCCAUCCCUUGCAUCGCCCCCCCAAGUCUCCAGAAUUUCUCCCUCACCUGGACCUUCACCCCGUCCAGUGAGCCCACUGUCAUCCUGAGGUAUGACACAAAAACCAGACACACCUUCAACCUGUGGGAGGGCAAAGGUACCCCAGACCAGGACCUGCUUCCUCUGGGAGACGGAUCUCUACUUCUUCACAAGCCAGACAUCGAGGAACACUCUGGGACGUAUGUAUGUUCCUUCUCGGGGCUGCAGAGCAAACACGUUGUUCAAACCAGAGUAAACAUCACUGUUUCAUCAAUUAGUUUGGAUGAGUCGAGUGUGCAGAGGUCAUGGUGGAGCACUGCAGCCUCUGUAGCGUUUGUCUUGUUCACCAUCAUUGUAGCGCUCCCUCAAUGUGUGAGACAAAGAGGGAUGGAGACCAGAGCUGCCUCACACACACACAAUGGAACAGGUCUCGUUGAAGGUGGGCCUUACAAAGACAUGCAGACAACAGCUUCCUAUAUAAUCGGACAACAUGGAGCUGAAUGUACCAGACUACAACUGCAGUGUGAGGCGCAGAGUGAACUGGCAGGCAAUACGCCAAACAUAGCAGAGGACUGCCCUGUGGAUUUAGCACCAGGUACUGAAAUAGAACAAGAAGACAAAUCAGCAGGACCACCUGAGGAAGGAAAUGAUGGAGCACUGCAGCACUGCAGUCCAGAGAGGGGGGGGAUUUGAAAACACUGAGCCUGGGAAUCAUACACCAUGAACUUCAUGCUUUUCAAGCUGCUGGACAUGCAACGCACAGUGGAGGAUAAUACCCCCAAACCUAUGAACUAACUCCAACAAAGAGAUCCAUCCUGAUCAAUUUGAUGGAUAGAUGUUAAGAUCAUCUUCUUUAUUGUAAACUGUAAAAACUAUAUUAUUAACUUGUUUUC